UACUCCUAACUUUCACAGCAAUCUGUUUCUCAGCCACUACAGGAGCUGUGUGGACCUGGAUGACAGAAGAAUUUGCUUUUCCUGAUCUGGAAUUUGGGAUUAAGUGGCAGUUUGGAAUUUGGGAACUUCAGAACACUGGAAUGUCAACAGCUUACAUGCAAUCCUUUGGAAAGUGUCAGAGAGGAACUGACAAGAAUUGCUGAAUACUGGAAGAAAGAAAUUAGAGAGCAUUCCUCCUCAUGUACCUCAGCAUGGAGAAUGUUUUCAGGCCUCGGAGGAUGAGAAUGUUGGCACGGAUAUUCCUAAGGGAAUUUGUACUCACAUAUACCUGAGUUAAGUUUGUUUUUUUUAAAUGGCAUCUACAACUUUUCUGCUUAAGCUAGCUUGUACUGUCACAGUUCAUCUUCCUAAAUGUCUUGUUUUUCUAGAGCGUUUCGUCCAAGGUUACUGCUUUUAGAGGAGGAUUCUUAAAAAUGAGAUUAAGUGAUGUCAUGGCCUGAUGCCUGGAUUUCACAAUGGAUGGAUUUUCCAAGCUGUGCUGUCUAAAUGUCAAACCAGAUUUGACUGUUACCGGACCUGUAGCAAUGCAGACCACACACAGACAUGCAGACAGACGCGCAACACCUCUGACCUGCCUGCCUGACAGGGGAAGUUGUCCUGCACAUUCCAGAUUGACAAGACUUCCCAUGGCAGAGUUUACCGCUUGUCUACUUUUGGAGAUGUAGCACAGAAGCAGAGAGCUUGUAGGCGCUAAUGACUUGACACUGACUGCUCAGAUCAUGAUGAACCCAAAGUACUCCCCCUGAGGUCAGACAGGAAAGACGAGUUCACCUGGACACGUCUCACAGGUCCUGGUGUGCCCAUGCGGUGGUCCAUGUUAGCUCUGCUGCUCCUGUUCUGCAGCCACAAUUUGGCACUGCGAGCGGGCGAUAUCUGCCCACAGGACAGCAAGCAUGAGCAGUCGGCUGACCCCACGCCCACAGUGGACCCCAAACUCUUCAACAAGAGGCGCUACCGGUCGCCUCGUGUGCUUUUCAGUGAACUACCCCCUGAUUCAGAGCCUUCAGAACAUCAGGGUUCAAAGGACAGGACAAAAAGGCGAGCAGGACAGCCACAGAGUCGUGGCGUUUACUCAGUGUGUGAGAGCGUCAGUUUCUGGGUGGGUAAUAAGACAAAAGCAACAGACAUCUCGGGUAACGAGGUAACCGUGCUGCCUGACGUCAGCAUCAAUGACGUCAAGAAAAAGCAGUACUUUUUCGAAACGGUGUGCAGCGGGGCCAGAACCGGGGGCUCUGGGUGUCUGGGGAUUGAUGUGCGCCACUGGAACUCAUACUGCACCAACUCACACACAUUUGUGAGAGCAUUGACUUCUUUUAAGAACCUGGUGGCUUGGAGACUUAUUAGGAUCAACGUAGCCUGUGUGUGUGUUCUCAGCCGCAAGUCGUGGAGACAAUGACAGUCUGCCAUAUAAAGGUUAACUUGUAUGUUGAUGUCAUUAUACCUGUGAUUUUCCAAACCCAAUAACAAUAAAAAAAAAACCCCAUUCCAUCAAAUAAAUCCAUCAAUAAAAAGUUUAUGAACAAGGCAUUCAUUUUAUAUGCCUUAUUACUAUUAAUAAUUUUAUGGCCUUAUGAGAGUCUAUAUCAAGCCAUGUGAUGAAAUCUGUAGCACAACAUUAGUAUCCUAUUAUUUUUCUUGAUGGACAUGCUUAGUUGAUAUUGCUGACUACAGAGAUUACAGAGAAUGAAAAUGCUUGUUUAUGAUGACUGCAUGUGUUAUGCAUAUUUUGUUAUUGUUAUUGCUAUUGUUAUUUAUUAAAUUUGGAACAUUAA